AUGAUAAAGGCACCUUUCUGGAUAUUUGGGAGACCUGAACAAUAAAAACUGUGUUAAAAAAACAACCCUGCAAAAUAAUUGAUGUGAAUGGUGCACGUGAAUCAUUAUGGUGCAAUAGGUUGCAGAAAUUCGCCCAGUUGGGUAUUGUUUGAAUAUGCUUUCUUCCAUACUUUUUGCUGCGACGGCUUGUCUACUUGUCAGUGUCAAUGCUGACGUUCAUUCACGCUCUAACAGCGAGGCAGUUCCGGUGGAAUUGUUCGUCAUGAGCAAAUGCCCAGAUGCCGUUCAUUGCGAAGCAACCUUUGACAACGUUUUCAAGAAGAUAUCUGUUCCAGUAGCUCUCGACAUCAACUUCAUAGCACAGCCUGCUCCAUUUGAGCCAUUGAAGUUUUCUUGCAAACAUGGUCCGAGCGAGUGCCUUGGAAACAUGCAAGAAUUAUGCUACAGGCAUGUUCAUGGCGACGAGACGUGGUUCUCAUUCAUUCAAUGUCUGAACAAGGAUAUGCUUAAUAUUGGCACAGACAAGCUGGGCGUUUCAUGCGCUGAAAAGCAAGGAAAAACGUACGCCUUAGUGAGGGAUUGUAUGGUAAACGGCACGGCCACCGAAUUGCUUUCAAAAAGUGUUCAGCGUACUGCCUCCCUUGGAGUAAGCACAAGCUGUACUGUUUUCAUUAACAACAAGCGUCGAUGUGUUUAUGAUAGCAUGCAGUGGAAGGAUUGUCCAGGUGGCUCGUCAGUGGAUGACUUUGUCAAGUCCAUAGAAGAUGCCUACAAAUCGACCGACACAUCCCUUGAGCCUCAAUUUACCAUGCAACAUAAUUAAAUUCUUUGCCCAACGAUUUCUCAUU